AUGCCAACUCAGAUGCAAUAUGUACAAGCUUUACCAUCUAAAAAUGAUGGUGACAUUAAAUAUUAUUUUGCUGCACAUUGGACCGAGGAUAAUGACAAAGGAUACUAUGGAGUAUCUGCUUUGAUGGAUGUGUAUGGACUCAAUCUUAAUCAUGGACAAAUGUCAGCGGGUGCAAUUUGGAUACAAAACUUGAAAGGAGAUUUUGACAAAAAUCUCAAUUCAAUUGUCGUUGGUUGGGUGGUUUGGCCAUCUCGGUUUAAGGACUCACAUACUCACUUCUUCACAGUUUGGACAAAAGAUAGUCAUCGGAGUACAGGGUGUGUCAACCUCAACUAUCCUGGUUUUCGACUGGUGAAGGGAUCCCCCAUAUCUCCCGGUGACAUCAUAACCCCGGUGUCUGGUAUCAAUGGGAAACGGCAUACUAUUACCAUUAAAGUGUACAAGGAAAGUUCAAGCGGGGACUGGUGGUUAUCUUGUGGCAUUGACAAAAACCCAAUUCCGGUAGGUUACUUCCCAGCAUCACUGUUUGAUAGCUUAUCAGUGAAAGCAACACAAAUCAAGAUUGGAGGCCACGCUCUAAGUACUAAAACUACUAUACCUCCUCCAAUGGGAAGCGGAGCCUUUGCCUCUAACUCGAAUAAAGCUGCAUUUAUCCAUGAUAUUUGGCUCAUCCACAAGGACGGUAUAAGCACCCCAAUCGACAAUGAUGCGCCCACUAAAGUCACGGAUGACAAGCUCUACUCUGCCUCACCUAUAGGAAGAGCGAAAUUCUAUUAUGGAGGGCCUGGAGGGGAAUCGUAG